AUGAGGUACCCUGCAAUCAAAUUUAGAGGUAUUCUUCCUAGAAAGGUUGCUGUUAUGCAGUUGUGUGCAGAUACUGGUCAAUGCUACGUGAUGCACAUAUUUCAUUCCGGAAUUCUUUUAACUACAUCCUACACUUGUGAAAGUACAAAACAUCUUUCUGUUGGAGUUGGGAUUGGCAAGGACUGUGUGAAGGUUUUUAAAGAUUAUAAUGUCUCUGUUCAAGCUGUGGAGGAUCUUUCAUCUCUAGCAAAUCAAAAGCUUGGCGGAGAACCCGGAAAUUGGAGUCUUAAAGCUUUAACUGAGAUGCUUGUUUCCAAAGAGCUUCCGAAACCGAACAAGAUCAGACUGGGGAACUGGGAAGUUAAAUCUCUAUCAAAGGAGCAACAGCAGUAUGCAGCUAUAGAUGUUUUUUUGCUUCUUGGCAACUCUACCAAGUCUUGA